AAAAUGAAGAUAACUCAAAGACAAGACCUGGAUUUCAUGGGAUUUAGUCGACUGGUUAUCGAUCUGUAGGCACGAGAAUUGUUCAAAACAAAAUGAGCGGUGAAUGUACUCAUUUCCAAAAUGGCGAUGUGCACUAGAAAUAACUUGAUGGUCUUACGUUCCCAUAGAAACUAUGAUGAGCGUGAUUGCUGUUGUAUGCGCAUGCGUUUUAAUACUAACAACCGACACAUUAGCAAAACAGCACAAGCCCGCCAAAAAGGCCAUAGCUAUCCAAGUAACUGAAGAAAGACACAGUGACUCAUCUGAAUUCAAAGUGGACUGGUGUCGACAGCGCAUGAGUCGAUAUGACUACAAGUCGAGGCUGCAAAGCUGCUUGGAUCAAAUCCCAUGGGAAUCAGCUCAACAAUCAAGUUUUCUUGACACGGAUCCAGGAUACACUUAUAUCAACUUGAAUAUCAAACCUGCAGGACAUUACAGUAGAGCUAUCAUACACACUGUAUCUAGACUCGGACAGAAGAAGACUAUAGGAGGAGAUGCYUUUAGGGUGCACAUUCGAGGUCCAACUAGCUUAGCUGCUGACGUAAUUGAUCGUCAUGAUGGUAGCUAUGAAGCUCUCUUCCUGGUAAUGGUACCAGGGAUUUAUUCCAUAACAGUGAUAAUGGACUAUACCAUGUGUAAAGGCAUUAAAGAYCCACCGUUUGAUUGGUUUGCAAGAGGGUGUCUCCAUGGCUCGUUCCAGCCCACUGACAGCCUCCACGAWCGUGUCUAUGAUUUCCUGGACCAGCCACUUAUCCUGGCAAACGGAUUGGAGUUUGAAGUGAAGCCAUCUAUGGCAAUCUUCAAUAGAGAAUUAGAGAGCUUUAGAGAUGCCGGUCAUCUUGGUUGUAGGGAUCGUUGCAAUGUAUUAUGGGAUGGAUAUGGAGCGUGGAUYGGCGAGGAUUGGGACCCCUAUACACCAGGCGCAGCCCUCACCAACUCGGGUCAUAUUCAAGGCCAAGGUGUAUUAUGGGUAUACGGCGACUCGUUAAAUCGAUAUUUUUUCGAGUCAAUUCGKAMUCGACCACUCUGCUCGCAAAUCUUCAGAACUUGYUAUUUCACCAUGACAUGGGUUUAUAUUCUAAGAAGCACAGCAAAAGUCGAAAUGGACUUGCGUUACGGACACAAAAAUAUAAAUAUUCCAAGAAUUCUUGAAGAGCUGAAAAGUGUCUUAGUCCGACCGGAAAUGGACGAAAAUAGCGCGCUUUUGUUGAAUACUGGAGUUCAUUUGUUAAAGAGCUCAAGUUUUUAUAAUUAUCAGAAAAUMAUAAAUGGGAUGGUGUUGAUUUUAAAGCAGUUUUACCGAGGAACUGUGAUCUGGAAGACCACAACAAGUAUUGGAGAACAGCAGCAGUUGUAUAAUGGAUGCUUUAGAAGAUUUCACACCGAGCAGCGUGUCGAUCUCUUCAACGCGUACGCCAUGGCCGCAAUGUGUCGAGCAGGAUUCCUGGUUCUCGACGUGUAUCCACUGACCAGCUCCUACCCUAAAGGCACAAUCGACGGUGUUCAUUACAACAACUCGGUGUUUGUUUCAGCUGAAGAUAUUCUAGAAGACUAUUUUAGCACGUAGCUAUGGUAUCUUCAAAUGUGGAGACAGCAUGAGGAGAAUCCAACACAGUUUUCCUGCGUUAAAUGAAAUUAAAGGAAGAUAAGGAAGCGUGUUCUUUAGUAAUAUGUAUUAUAGGUCACACCUGCACAGGAAGGCGCGCCGCCCUCUCCACAACAAGCGAUAAUGCCUUUGAUGUGMAAGUUUAUAAUUCUAGCGAUUUAAGAUCCAAAUACUGCCAAAAAAUAGUACACUAAAGCUCUUUUGAAGCCCUUUUAAAGUCAUUUGUUCUUAAAAGAACUAAAAAGGGACUACGCGGGAAAUUUUUAUGGGCUCGGAGUGUUUCUAUGACUUAAAAGUUUAAUUCGAGCACGCUUUUGAGUAACUAGGGCAGGUGGGGGACAUCAAAUAUAAUAUACGGUUGCGUUUUCACAUCGUUACGAUGCGAGCAGACUAGACAAUAGAAACAAUACUCCACUCGUAGGGUGCCUUAUAUUCAUUAGGUUAUUUUCUGACUGUUGUUAAGUUUGAUACUACAAUGGGUUUUCGCAUUUUUUUUAAGGAGUGUGAAGGGAUGAAAAUUUAUAUCGCAACUGGAAUUUCCCAGAAUUAGAGCUGGGACAACAAGAUUCCUUAAUUGUAACUGAAAUUCUUUACAGGAGAAAUGUGAAUGAUUUUUUUUUUUUUUUUUUUUACUGCGGGAAUGAAAAUUGGACCCCUUUCAGUAUUCUUAAAAUUUCAGUUUAAUUAUUUACAUCGUGAAUAAUUCAGAAGUGUGCAUACAAAGUCAAAACGAGUAGACUUGUGCUUAAAUUUGAUUCUAUACCAAUUUGAACUAGCCGAAGAUAAGAUAUUUUUAGUAAUCGCUAAUAAAAUGAAGCUAAGGCAAAUAAGGUCACCACGUCAAGCAGAUAGUAAAAGAUUCGAUAUGAACGGAAAAGCAAUAUGUGAAAACUGGUCUAAAAGCCAUAAUAUUGUGAAUUUUGCCGGAUUGGAUAAUUGAUCUUUUGCGGGCUAAUUUGGUUUUGAAGUUUCAGAAUUCUCAUUUAUUUACACCUUGAGAUGAAAACUCUCAUUAAUAAGUCAAUAUAUGUUUWAAAAAAUGUAAAUAUUCGUCCCUUGUUAUGCUGAAGAUUGUUUUAGAAUGGUAUAAAUUCACGGUAUGUAUUCGUUUUUGAAACGACCAGAUUGUAGAUAAAUUAAAAGGUGAUAAACCACAGAUAAAAUAACAGAAAAAUAAAAUGACAGAAAAUGAAUAGUGAAAUGACUGAAUAUACGAGAAUGGUCUGCUUUUAGUGACGGGACAAUUCCAUACUAUAAAAUCGUUAAUCAUCAUUGACAUUCAUCGAAAAUAAAGGGAAAAA